CAAGCCAUUGUACGGUUAUAUCCUCCAGUCCCCGUAAGUCUCCUGCGAAGUUCCAAGCGGUGGUUUACCGGAAAACUCCCGAGGAAACGAUCGCGAUUCGACCGCUGCCGGGGAGCAGGAAUUUGCUGCAAUCUGUCCUCUCGAACGCGCCAUCCGAUUCAACAUGGUUUGCUUGGUGUGCUUGUUGCCUCUCUUCAUCGUCCCGAUCGUGAACUUACUGCCUCUCCUCUUCGAUUUCAUCAUGGCGAAAGUAUACGCGCUUUUCGGGUGGGAGUACAGGAAGCCUGUGAGGACUCCUCCAGCAUGUCCGUAUAAGCCAACAGCACCCAAAAUGGAUGGCAAAGUAGGGGAAGGAGACGCGCUGGGUGUUCCUGAGUCAACUGGAAAACCACCGGAAGUGGCGGACAAGAAGGACGACUGAUGUUCCUUUGAUUGAGAAGCCAAGCAAAGAAGAAG